UUAGAACUCGUUCCAAAACCCUAAUCCAACUGUGGCAGCUCACGUAUAUAAACCUGAAUUCUGCUCUCUCUCUCUCCCUUCGUUCUCCGGAGAAGAGAAGUAGCAAAGAGGCCGUCCCACCAAGGAGCUCCAACUCCCCUCUCUCGUAUCUUAGGAAAGUGAAGGAGAAAUGGCAGCAUACGGAGCAAUGAAACCAGCAAAAGCGGGGUUAGAGGAGCCCCAAGAGCAGAUUCACAAGAUCAGGAUCACACUUUCAUCUAAGAAUGUCAAAAACCUUGAGAAAGUCUGUGCCGACUUGGUUCGUGGUGCAAAGGACAAGCGAUUGAGGGUCAAGGGACCAGUGAGAAUGCCCACCAAGGUUCUUCACAUUACCACCAGGAAAUCUCCUUGUGGUGAAGGAACCAAUACAUGGGACAGAUUUGAGCUACGGGUCCACAAGCGUGUUAUUGACCUUUUCAGUUCCCCUGAGGUGGUCAAGCAGAUCACUUCCAUUACAAUUGAACCUGGUGUUGAGGUGGAAGUCACCAUUGCCGAUUCCUAAGUGCUCAAACGUAUUGUGCUUUCCCUUUUUUGGCUCUAUGUAGUUUAUUUAGUUCUUUCGAGACUCGGCACCAAUGAAUUUAUUUGAUUGGAACAUGUGAUUCAGACCUUCAGUUUGAAGGGAUACUUGUAGGUCGUUUUUUUUUUCCCAUACUAUUAUGAAGCUAAAAGAUUAUGUUA